ACCUCACAGUGAGCGGAUCGAGUUUUGCGGGUUUCGAGAGCUCAAGAUGAAGUCGCGCUCGGUGCUGCCGCUGCUGUUCAUCGUUUGGUUUGGAUUCCCCGCUGAUUGCGCUGGUCAAAGCUAUGCCGUAAUAGCACCGCGCACGUUGCGACCACAUUCGGCGUACGAUGCAGUUGUGGUUAAUGUUGCCCCUGAAACGCAACACUUUCGGUGUGAGAUUGUUGAUGGCGAUAACCACGUGGUGCGCUCAACGGCCAUUAGUGUACCUUCCAAGGGAAUGGAGAAAGCCAGUCUCAACAUUGGCCAACUGGAUCGGCCAGGAAACUAUCGGCUCGAGCUUUGGGACGGGGACAAAAAUGUGCGCCUCAACGGAACGUCCCUGGAGUAUGUUGGGCGCAGUUACACCGUUCUAUUUCAGACCGAUAAGUCCAUCUACAACCCGGGCAACACAAUCCGCUUCCGGGUUGUGUUUCUGUCACCGGACCUGCUGCCUGUUGUUGCCGGUGUAAAUUGCAGCGUUUCUAUAACCGACUUGGACGACGUAGAAAUAAUACGUUGGAGCGAAGUGAAGCUGCAGAGUGGUGUAUUUGAAGGAUCCUUUGCGCUGGAUUCGGAUCGCCAAUGGACGUUUGGAAUGUGGACGAUAAACGGGCUGAUAAACGGGCAAGUGGGCAAGGAAAGGUUCUACGUCGAGGAGCACUCCGUGCCGCCAUUCAUUGUCGACCUACAGAGCACACCGAAUCCGUACUUCUACUGUGGGCAGAAGGAAAUGGUGCUAAAGUUGACCGCAAGUUACCCCGCAGGUGAUCCGCUACAAGGCAAUGCCACGGUUGUGGUACGAGCCAACUACAACAACUAUCCCAGUCAGACGAAGGAAGUACAGCGGAAGCAGUUCGGGUUCACCGGUACUGCCCGUGUGGUGUUUCCCAUGCCAAUUGUUGCUCCCGACUGUCAGGAGGAGCGGACCGUAUGGUUCGAUGUAACGGUUCGCGAUGGGGUGACGGGAAGGAUUGAAAAUGUGACACGAACCUUCACCGUGCACCAAACGCUGUUCACGAUGGAGGUUCUAGAUGGGGCCAACAACUUCCAUCCCGGUCUGGCUAUGCAGCUGAAGGUGAGACUGGCUUCGAUCGACGGGAAACCACUGGACCGGAAAUCGGUCGCCAUCUUGUACACGCUUCAGGAGGAGAACCACGAAGCGGAGCCGGUGGUGAGCACAGUGCGCUACCUUACCAAUAGCCGGGGGAUCAUACGGCUGUUCAUCAACACAACCCUGGAUACGGUGGCCGUGAACGUGGAUGGAAUUUACCUCAAUCACACUUUCUCGUUGGUAGCGGCUGAUCCGAUGUACGAAAACAACGCGAUCGACUACCUCACAGCUCACACGGAUCGGGCAUUCUACACACCUCACCAGGAGGUCACCGUUUUUGUGCGCAGCAACUUUAUGUUCCAGCGUCUCUUCUUCGUGUGCUUCUGCCGUGGGUGGAUCGUGUGCCAUCACGGUGUGGUCGAGUCGGAAAGAGCGCAAAAACAGCAUCGCCUCAAAUUUCAGGCAUCACCCCUGAUGGUGCACCAUACGAAGGUGCUGAUGUUUACGAUCCAGCCAGACGGGAGAAUUUCGAGCACAGCGGUACGGGUACACUUUCGGCCAAUGUCUUCCAGUGCGUUAAAUCUCACAACCAGCCCGACGGGCAGGGAUCCACACGAAUACAGGAUCAGCGUUAGUGCUCCCGCCGGCGCAUUCGUUGGGUUGCUGGGAGUGGACGUACGGGCCAAGCUAGUAUCGCCUAUUGAAAAUGAUCUAACGUCGAAAAAACUGGACAAAGCGUUGCAGUCCCCAAAGCCGAUUUACGACGGUUUGUUCCUGUACAACAGUUUCAGGAGCGUUGGCGCGGAGCUUCUUACGAAUGGGUAUAUUCAGGAUGUUGGAUCUGUGCCACAUUCGUUCAUGCGAGAUUCCAUUAGCCCCACCGAGGACAGCACAGAUGGGUCACAUUUUCCCGACACGUGGCUCUGGGAAUCGUUCAGGACGACAACUUCCAGCCCGAACGUCACCAUCGACAAGCGGCUUCCGGGCACGAUCGGCACCUACUCCUUGACGGCAUUUUCCGUGGACCCUACCAAUGGGUUGCAGUUUUCAAAGCCCAUACAAAUUCAGUCUACGAAAAGAGUUUUCGCCGAGCUACGCGUACCGGAUGCAAUGAUCGUGGGGGAAAAAACGAUCGCCCACUGUUUGGUCCACAACGACGGUCCACAGAUUACCAUCACCGUCGACGUGCGACCAAGGAUGCAAAAUUUUACCUUUCUGCUUGGCGAGGGGGCCACGGAAAGCCUACCGGUGGAGCUGCGAAUGGACCGCCCGGGAAUUCUGCUGGUGGAAGUCGUCGUGAGAAAUACCGAUGGAGACGUGAUCGACUCGGUGAAGCAGUCGGUUGCGGUGCAUUCUGUCGCAAAACACUAUUCGAUCGUCGGGGCUAAAAUUAUAAGACCCAACUCCGAGUAUCGGGUGGUGGUCACGACCUUUGAUGUGACCGAAACGAUCCAGUUUCGCGUAUCGAUAGCUGCGCAGGAUAACAUUUUGGCCACCGAGAACGUAACGCUGAGUAACAAUGAGUCACGGGUGAUAAGCUUACCGAUUGGUAACAUUCCCGUCAAUAGGUACGAGCUGGUGGCAGAGGGAUUGUCUGGCAUUGUCUUCAAGAAGAAAGUGGAUUUGCAGUACGAUAACAAGUUCUGCUCCGUGCUGAUUCAAACGGAUAAAUCGAUCUACAAACCGGGAGAUACCGUCCGUUACCGGGUGCUGCUACUCGACCGCAACAUGAAGCCCUCCUUGAACGAAAGCAGCAUGAUUUACAUUACCGACGGCCAAAGCAAUCGGAUCAAACAGUGGACCAACGUGGACCUCGGGGGCGUUGGAGUUUUUGAAGGCGAGCUACCACUUUCCACCGAACCCGUACUUGGCACGUGGAACAUUAACGUCGAAGUGCUGGGAGUGAAACAAUUGAAACCAUUCGAUGUGGACGAGUACGUUCUGCCGACGUUCGAUGUUACGGUUAAAUCUUCUGGCUACACAACCGUAGAGGACGAAUCUCUGCUGGUGACGGUCAAUGCAAAGUACACCUACGGCAAACCGGUGGCCGGAGAGCUGACCGUCACUGUAAAGGCCCAACAGCAGCAGCAUCUUUUCGGGAAUUGUACUCCAACAAACCUUUGCCAGAAAGUGGUACAGACCGAUGGCAAGUCGGUGGUAGAGUUUCAUCUCAGGGAUGAAUUGAAGUUGGAGACAAUGCACAUUCGAGACUUCCUAGUGGAAGCAGAGGUACGCGAACAGUUGACCGGGCGUACUCUGCGGGGUUCGACCGACGUUAAGAUUCACGAAGAUCGCUACACCGUUACCUUGGUGGAAGAAAAGAAGUACGUUCCGGGACUGCCUUACCAUGCGUCGCUUAAGGUGGCGAAUCUCGACGGUAGCCCGGUGAAGGAGCCGUCCAUCAUUGUGUUGGUACGAAACGGUUCGAAAGUGCAGCUCAAAAACUACUCCUUGGACGUGAGUGGUUCGAUUAGUCUGGACCUGAACCUGGACAGUAUGAAUUUUAAUUACCUACGCAUUGAGGCACUGUACUGCGGAAAGUCGUACGAGUUGCAGGGCAUUCAAAAGCCAUUCGAAGACAAGGAGGCUCAUUUGAGAGUGGGCGCCAAGGACAAGGAGCCGGUUGCCGGGAAGGACAUGGAGCUAGAAGCUGUUAACAUCAGCCUACCGUCAAUGUGCGCGAUGGUACCCCGGACGAAAGUGGUAGUUCACUACGUGAGCAACGCCGGAAGCGUCAUUAGUGACAAUGCAACCGUAGAGUUUCGUAAUAUCUUCGAAAACCAUAUACAAGUCGAUCUCUCUCAUGAAACCGCCAAACCUGGGGAUGCGAUCGACAUCAGUGUGAAGGCGAAGGAAGAUUCGUUCGUCGGUUUACUUGCCGUUGACCAAAGCGUUCUCUUGCUUAAGUCGGGCAACGAUAUUACCAAGAAGUGUUUCACGAAGGAGUUGGAAGCGUACGACACGUCCUCCGAAUCCUCGGGCGGUCCAUUCCGGCGUUAUUAUGAUAGACAGAGUUUUCCGGACUUUGAGGAUGUUGGCGCCGUCUUCAUAGCGAACCCUCUGGUUCCUAAAGUAUCACCAAACUCAAUGGGAGGUGGCCAACUGUUUGGAUGCGCUGCGCCAGCAGCCAUGGCUUUCAGCGCUCCUGGAAUGAUGAAAAUGCGCAUGAUGGCAUGCGAUAUGCAGAUGGAAUCGGCGCACGUGGCAGUGCCGGAAAAGGAGCCCACAAUCAGAUCAAACUUUCCCGAAACAUGGAUCUGGGAGAGCAUACAGAAAUGCAAGGGUGACGGUGAGCGGAUCAGGAAGAUCGUUCCGGACACCGUGACCUCGUGGAUCAUUUCCGGGUUUUCGCUCAGCAAAACCUACGGCCUCGGUUUGAUGGAAGCACCUGCAAAGAUGAGCGUGUUCCUGCCGUUUUUCAUUUCGAUCGAUCUACCUUACUCGGUCAAGCACGGCGAAACCGUUCGCAUUCCCGUGGUCGUGUUCAACUAUCUGAACGAGGAUCAGACUGCGGAUGUCAUUUUCUUUAACAAAGAUCAAGAAUUUGAGUUCGUGUCGGACGACUCGGAGUCGCGCAUUCACGAAGAACAUCACCGUCGUCUGCAGGUAGCGUUGCCGAAGGAUGGCGGCAAAACGUUAUCGUUCACGGUCAAACCGAAGAAGGUGGGACACAUUACGCUGGAGAUCACGGCUACUUGCGCCCUCGCGGGUGACGGCAUCGAAAGGGAGCUGCUAGUCGAACCGGAAGGAGUGCCCCAGUACAUCAACAAGGCCCGCCUGGUCGAUCUCCGAUCGGAAAGCAGCGUGGCGCAAACGUUCGAGAUCGAUAUUCCGGGCAACGCAGUGCCGAACUCCACCAAGGUAGAAGUGUCCGUGAUCGGUGACGUGCUGGGAUCAUCGAUCGAGAAUUUGGACUCACUGAUUCGCAUGCCGUUCGGCUGCGGAGAGCAGAACAUGCUGAACUUUGUGCCCUGCAUCGUCGUAUUGGAUUACCUGACGGCGUGCAGGCGGCUGACGUCGGAGCUGGAGGUCAAGGCGAAAAAGUGCAUGGAAGUCGGCUACCAGCGGGAACUGACGUACAAACACGCGGACGGAUCGUUUAGUGCCUUUGGUCAGUCCGAUGAGCGCGGUAGCACCUGGUUGACGGCGUUCGUGGCCAAAUCGUUCCUGCAGGCGGCCAAGUAUAUCGGCGUUGAAAUGCCGAUCGUAGAGAGUGCACUGGAGUGGCUCAGCAAGGUACAGACGGCUGACGGAGCUUUUCCCGAGGUCGGAACCAUCUGCCACAAGGACAUGCAGGGUGGUGCCGCCGGCGGACUAGCCCUGACGGCCUACACCGUCCUGGCAUUCCUCGAGAACCGUCAGCUGGCGGCGAAAUACGCAUCCACCGUGGACAAAGCAUUCACGUACAUUGGGCAACAGGUUGAAAAGGAGUGUGACGUGUACUCGUACGCUCUCGUGGCCUAUGCCCUGCAGCUGGCUGAUCACAAACUAAAGGACGGGGUCAUGCAGAAACUCGAAAGUAGAGCGACCGCCGAAGGGGACAUGAAGUGGUGGAGUAAACCACUUCCGAAACAGGAAGCGAACAAGGCGCUAGAGUGCUGCUGGAACCGUCCCUGCUCGGUGAACGUCGAGAUGAGCGCCUAUGCACUGUUGGCGUCGCUGCUAACGUCCUCCGGGUUGGAGGGUUUGCCCAUCAUGAAGUGGCUGAUUUCGCAGCGCAACGACAAGGGUGGAUUCCAGUCGACCCAGGACACCGUGGUCGGGCUCGAAGCAUUGGCCAAAAUGGCUGCCAAGGUUUCCUCGUCAGAGUCCGACGUGACGGUCACGGUGAAGGCAGCCGACGAUGUAGAGCGAAGCCUUACCGUGAACCAGGAGAAUGCGUUAGUGCUGCAGAAGCACCAGCUUCCGGAAACGGUCAGUGCGAUCACGAUGACGGCCAACGGAACGGGAUGUGCUCUCUUCCAGCUGUCGUACAAGUACAACAUUAAGGAUGUCGUGAGCAGUCCGCGUUUCACGUUGCUUCCAUUGGCUCGGAAGGGAAAACUGGAAAGCUGCAUCGAUCUGUCCGUGCGGACCAGCUUUGUACCGACCGCAGACCAACCGGUCUCCAAUAUGGCCGUCAUGGAGGUGGACAUGCCGAGUGGAUUCGUCGUGGAGCAGGAUUCGUUAAAACCCCUCAAGGAAGGCACCGUGGUUAAGAAAAUCGAAACCAAGCGCGGCGAUACAACGGUGGUGCUGUAUUUCGACAACAUAGGGGUGACUUGUGUCGAGGUCACACUGGCCGCUUUCCGUAAACACGAGGUGACUAACGCGAAGCCUGCCAACGUUAUUAUCUACGAUUAUUACGACAACACUCGCUGUGCAAGAUCGUUCUACGAAGUUGCCGCAUGAUUAAUACAAACCGACAAAGAAAUACAUUGUGAUCGAAGCACAACGCACAAGAAGCCUUUCGAUGAUUGUUCUAUCGUCAAUAGAUUUAAUACCG